GCCCAAGCCCAGCUCACAUUUGAAGAAAGGUUCUGCAUCUGCUCUAUGUUUUCUUCUCAUCUUUCUCAUCCGUCCAGCGCCUCAUGCCCGAUCCCGAAUCUCACUCUCACCCAUCCGACCAUCUAGCUCGUACUCUAGACGCCGACGCCGACUGGUCUUGCCUGCGCCUCCUUUAUUGUGUCCGACAGACGUUGUUUCCUGCUCUCCUCUUCUUCUUGUCGAUUCAAGCUUUUAUAGCUUCCAAAACUGCUGCUUGUGUUGGUGUGCUUCGCCGCCAUUGCCUGUUAUGUUAAGCUGAUAGAAUUUUUGGAGCUAGAAAUAUCGUGAAGUUCCUACAGUUUUAUGUGACUAAUUCGAGAAGCAACUUCAGUUUUAUUACAGUGGGGUUUUUAGCUUCUUAUUCUGAAGCAGGAAUUUCUCAAUUUUCUUUUUAAUUUAAGCACUUGAUUUGUUCAAAUUAAUUCGCUUACUCAAAUGAAUACUUUGUGGGUUAAUGGAAUUAGUGAUAAAAUUCACUUAAGAUUGGUUUCUUGUCAAUUUUUAUACUGAGAACUACCCCGAUUGCACAGCUAGUGCACUACUUCUCCUCUCUUUCUCGUUCUGUUGCUCUGAUCUCAAAUCCAAAUACAAAUUCAAAUCCAAGUGUACUUGGGUGUAUCUAACCCUAAGUUUCGGCUACAAUAUCUGCUGGUUUUUCUUGUUGGUCUCAUUUUGAAGGAAAUUGAAGAAUCAUAGUCCAAUGAAGAUAAAAACACCCAAUGCUGGUGCACUUACCAAUUUUGAAGUUCUCGACUUCCUGAAGGCAAGAGGUGCUUCAAAGGAUUCCUCAAGGGUUAUUGCUCCCGUAGCAUCAUCAGAAUAUAAGGUUUAUGAUUAUUUGGUGGAGACUCCUGCUUCCAGGCAAACGAGAGAGCAAAUCUAUGAAUUUAUGAAGAAGUGUAAGACAUACAAACUUGCAAAAGCUGAGAUCCUCAAUAUCAUCAACAUUGCACCUCGUGAAUUAGUUGAAAUUGACCCGAUAAUAGAGCACUCUGAAAUGCGUUUGGGAGACCAGGUAGAAGAACUACUGGACUUGGUUAGAAAUGUAUUUCCGCUGCCUCCAGCUGAUCUGACGUCUGAAGCAGGGAUGGAUAAGGAUGGAGAAGAAACUGGGAAUGAGGAGCAAAAUGAGGAUAUGAAUGAAACUUUAGACGGAGAUCAAAUUGAUGGGGAUGGAAAAUAAAGUGUUGACGGGGAACAAAUGGAGACAAAUUGCGACCAAAUGUUGGAUUUUCCUAGUAGAAACCAAUGAAAUUCUAAACCAUAAUAUAUAUAUAUAUAUAUAUAUAUAUAUAUAUAUAUAUAUAUAUAUAUAUAUAUAUAUAUAUAUAUAUGUAAUUUAUUGACAUGGUCUGGUAUUAUCUUAGUGCCAAAUUGUCUUGUUCUGGAUAUAUGAUAACUAAGGCUUUAUGCUGUAAAUGGUCGAAAAUGUCCCUUGUGUGGGUGUGUGUUUUUCAUUAUUUUAAUUAAGUUUUAUGGUAAAAGUGCUGGUAUAAACCACAAGUGGUGGCGAGGUAGAAAGUUAAUUUUAGGCCCAUGAAUAUGGACAGUGAUAAUUUACUUUUCUUGUACAGAUUUUCAAUUUCAAGCAAUCAGCUCCUUUUCAGUUAA